AUGCGUUUCGCUACCGUUGCCGCUGUCUUCGCUGGUGCCGUCUCGGCCAAGACUGUCUACUCCACGGACUACGUCACCGUCACCUCUUGCGCUCCUGAGGUCACUGACUGCCCGGCCCGCUCGACCGCCACCUACAGCUCGGUCUACCCCGUCGGCCCUGCCUCCAGCUCUUACCCGGUUGUCCCCAGUGCCAACACCACUGCUCCCUACCCCGUGAGCUACCCGGCCACCACCGGCCCGGCCGUCCCUACCACCGUCAAGCCCGCCACCUCCGGCUACCCCGUUGAGAGCAAGAGCACCAGCCCUGCCACUGGUGUCUCCUCGGUCCUGACCAUCUCCACCACCACCUGCAUCCCGACCGUCAUCUACUCCACCGUGACUGCCACCCCCUACACCGUUUCUUCGGCCAAGCCCUCCGCCGGCACCACCAUCCCCGGCCACAACGCCACCGUCCCUGCCGUGCCUUCCUCCACCUACCCCGUCACUGCCGGUGCCGGAAGCGUUGCUGGCUCCCUCUUCGCCGCUGCCGCCGGUCUUGCCGUCGCCGUCAUGAUGUAA